AUGAGUGGCGAGCGGGUGGCUGCCAGCGAGUCCCUCUGGCCGGGCCAAGGCUUGGAUCGCAGACGCCUGGACGGGAGCUCUCCAGCCCGCGGGCGAAGGCGUCGGCGUCGGCUGCAGCACAGGACUUGGGAGCCGAUCCCCGGCGGGAGAAGGAGCCGACCGAGGAGCUGGAGCGGAUCUCUGCCUUCUCUCCCCCACCCGCCCUUCGGCGCUCCUUUGGUGAGGUGGGGGAGGGAGUGCCCGGCCACCGUCCCUGACCGUCGUCGCCUCUGAGCUCGCUCGAGGAGAGACCAGAAGGCAGCGCUGCCCGGCUCGACGGCCGAGAGGAGCUCGAUCCCUUCCCAGAUGCCUGCUGGGGAAGAAGAAGGCGCCGAGGCCGGCAGAUAGAAGAGAAGGCGGAGGAGGGGGGGGCGGGGAGUCCCUGGGCCGCCAGCCCCACCGCCUACCUGUUGGAGAAGCGGCGUCGGAGUCGGGACUGGAGCGGGGGGCCUGUCGGCGUUGCCUUGCCUCCCGGAGCCCUCUUCCCCCCAGGUCUCCCCCUCCACCGGCUACUUUCCCACCCUUAAUUCCCCCUCUCGGUCGCAGCCCACCCUCCCGUCAGCGGGGAUGACCCUGUCAGGCAGCCUGAGCGCCAGCGACAUGUCCGGCCAGACGGUGCUGACGGCCGAGGAUGUGGACAUCGACGUGGUGGGCGAAGGCGACGAGGGCCUGGAGGAGCGCGAAGGCGGCGGCGGAAGCGGCGAGGCGGAGGGCGGCGGGACCAGCCCACCGUCGGGGCUGCAGGCCCAACUGGCCCUGGACGAGGCGGCCGAACUGCUGCUGGCCAAGGAGGCGUCGGCGGCCGAGGCCAGCUCGGGCAGCGGCAGCCCCGUCGAGGAGAAGGCGGCCGAGGAGGGCGGCCCGGCGUCGGGGGCGUCCUCCGGCGGGGGCGGCGGCGGGGGCGCCGCCCCCGCCGGGCCCGUGGCCUCGUCGUCGGGCGGCGCUGUCUCUGGGGGCGGCGGCAAGAACCCGCUGGUGAAGCCGCCCUACUCGUACAUCGCGCUGAUCACCAUGGCCAUCCUGCAGAGCCCCAAGAAGCGGCUGACGCUGAGCGAGAUCUGCGAGUUCAUCAGCGGCCGCUUCCCCUACUACCGGGAGAAGUUCCCCGCCUGGCAGAACUCCAUCCGCCACAACCUGUCGCUCAACGACUGCUUCGUCAAGAUCCCCCGCGAGCCGGGCAACCCGGGCAAGGGCAACUACUGGACGCUGGACCCGCAGUCCGAGGACAUGUUCGACAACGGCUCCUUCCUCCGCCGCCGGAAGCGCUUCAAGCGGCACCAGCAGGAGCAGCUCCGCGAGCAGACGGCCCUCAUGAUGCACAGCUUCGGCGCCUACAGCCUGGCCGCCGCCGCCGCCGCCUCCUCCUCGGGGCCCUACGGGCGCGCCUACGGCCUGCCCCCCGGCGCCUACCCGCACCCGGCCGCCCUCCAGUACCCCUACAUCCCGCCCGUCGGGCCCAUGCUGCCGCCCGCCGUGCCCCUCCUGCCCUCCAGCGAGCUCAGCCGCAAAGCCUUCAACGCCCAGCUCAGCCCCAGCCUCCAGCUCCAGCUCAGCAGCCUCAGCGCCGCCGCUGCCGCCGCCGCCGCCGCCGGGGCCGCCGCCGCCGUCAAAGCCGAGCCCCCCAGCAGCCGGCCCUCCUUCAGCAUCGAGAACAUCAUCGGCGGCGCGGGCCUGCUGGCCCACCAGCCCCUCUCGCUGGCCCGCACCACGGCGGCCAUCGCGCCCAUCCUCAGCGUGCCCACGAACAUGCUCUCGGGACAGUUCCUGCAGCCCGCCGCCUCCGCAGCGCCGGUGCAGGCCAAGUGGCCGGCGCAGUAGGGAGCCGCGCUCCGCCGCCCAGCCGAGAGAGGACCGGUCGCGCAGGGACUCCCCGC